UAAAUAGCUUCAUUAAAGCUAGUUCAGCAAUACAUUUAUUUGAAGAAACACCAUAUAUAUGGUAUUAUUAAUUUAAGCUGUUUCAGCACACAAAUAUGCAUUUAUUUGAAAAAAUUAACAAAUUAAUUACUUUGAAACAUAUAAUUUCAGAACACUAUAGUUUUAACAAUUAAGAUUAUUUUUCUGUGUGGCUGCAAUCUGCAUAUUUUUAUUUACUAAUCAGAUGCCCUUAUUAUGAAAAUUUAUACAUUUAUUUAUUUAUUAGACUUUUAUUCAUGGCUAUCGGAUGAAGAAAGAAAAACAAAGACUCAUUUUGUGGUAGAUUCAUCUGGGCAGAAACAUAAAAAUUACACCAGGACGCUGUUUUGCUGUAAUAGAAGUGGGACAUACAAAGCAAAAGGCAAAGGUGAAAGACAGCUAAAAGCACAAGGGACUUCCAAAACAGGUUUCUCUUGCACAGCUACUGUCAUACUAAAAGAUUUUGGCAAUCGUUUUGAAGCUGUAUAUUUUAAAGAACAUUACAAGCAUGAAAAAUCCCUUUGUCAUCUCCCUAUUCCUAAACAAGAAAAGCAAAGUAUAGCAGGUAAAUUAUUGCAGGGGGUGGAAGAGAAACGAAUUUUGCAAGAUGCAAGAUUCUCUUCGAGAGAUGAUAUUGAAACAAAACAGUUAAUAACGAGAAAAGACCUGCAUAACAUUAAGAGGGAUUUUGGUCUGAGCAUUAAUUCUAAAUUCUAA